AUGGUCGAUGCUGGAGAUACGGCUUGGAUGAAGAAGGUGUACAUGUAUGUCGGGCGAGGAAUGCGCAUGACCGGAGAGGUCAAGAAGCUUGCCAAGGCCAUCGCCGUGGUCCAGCGGAAACAAAACCAGCCCGAGGGUGAAGAGGCUUUAGAGCGCGGCGCCGGCGCAAACCACCACAUCCCUACCUUUAAGACAACCCAAAAAAGAUUCGUGGGGCGGAGAGCGGCAGAUGCGGCCAAGUCCAGCCAGGGUGCCGGCGGUGCGGUAUCUACUAGCACUGAUGUACAGAAGCCCGCCCCUCGCAGGCUACCACGACUGCUCAACACAGUCCCGAAAGAAAUCCUCGAAGACCCUGCCCUCAACAGUGCCAUAUCCCUCCUCCCCUCCAACUACAGCUUCGAAAUACACAAGACCAUUCACCGAAUUCGAUCCCUUAACGCGAAAAGGGUCGCGCUACAGAUGCCCGAAGGCCUGCUUCUCUUUGCGACGACUAUAUCAGACAUCAUAACUCAAUUUUGCCCCGGCGUUGAGACUCUUAUCAUGGGGGAUGUGACGUACGGCGCUUGCUGCAUCGACGACUACACGGCGAGGGCGUUGGGCUGCGAUCUUCUAGUACACUAUGCGCAUAGCUGUCUCAUCCCUGUUGAUGUGACCCAGAUCAAGACCCUCUACACACUGGAAAAGGCCGGCUUUAAUGUUCUCGUUCCGCAGAUUGCCCCGCUAAGUAAAGGCGAGAUUCUAGGAUGCACAUCACCAAAGCUCCAUGAUGACGACAAGGUGGACAUGAUACUCUACCUCGGAGACGGACGCUUCCAUCUAGAAAGCAUAAUGAUCCACAACCCCACGAUACCCGCGUACCGGUACGACCCAUACUCCCGCAAGCUCACUCGCGAGGAGUACGGGCACGAAGAGAUGCAAGAUUUACGGCGAGACGCCAUCUCCACGGCGAAGAAGGCCAAGAAGUGGGGCCUCAUCCUAGGGUCCCUCGGACGGCAAGGGAACCCCAUACCAUGGGCCUGA